UCGCUGUAAUCCAAUUGGUUAAAACAUUUAAUGACUCCCCUCCACAUCAGUCAGCCCUAGGACAUGUCCGACGACUAGAUAAGGUGGAAACAUUGGAAAAGUUCUCAACCAGCGUGCGUCUGUCUUUGUGUGUGUUUGAUGAUGAUGCCGCCAGUAUUUGGCCAUGUGUACCCAUUGCCAGUACUUCAAAAGUUAUGAGUAAACACGAUGAGCACAUUGAAAUGGACCUGGCGUUUGGAUCAGCCAAGCAAUAUGGGUCCUCCAGAAGUAUUGUCAGGAGAAUAGCGAGCAACCUUCCUCUAAAACCGUGUGCCAGGGUUCAUUUCCAGCUCUGUCCAUACACUGAGGAUGAAGGUGUCCUCAGCCGGAGGAACAACUUUGCUGUGGCCUCUCUCGCUGACGUCUCCUGGAUUGAUCAGGACGAGGGGGAGGAGGAAGACGAUGAAGACAACGUAGGCAGACCUCGUUUGGGGCCGCCACCAACAGGGCUUGCAUUCCGCAUCCGGCAGUCUAAUCCUCAGCGAAAACCACGCCUGGCCAGGCGCCGCUCACUCCCCAGCCUCCGCGAGGUGGCUCCGGACCCCCGAGGCCCCUCGGCCACCAACAACGAGGCCAUCCAGAAGAUCAGCGCGCUGGAGACAGAACUCGCCAAGCUCCGAGCGCAGAUAGCGCAAAUCGUGCUGGCGCAGGAAAAGAGCACACAGUCGGGGACAACUCCUCACCCGCCUCCUCCCCCGUGUGGCACCGGGCCACCUCCACCACCACCCCCGCCACCACCUCCACCUCCCCCUCCACCUCCCCCUCCACUGAAUCUGCAGCGCACAUUUUCCGCCAUCGACCUGAUCAAGGAGCGAAGAGGAAAGAAGACAGAAGGGCAGACAACAGUGCUGGAGUCUAAAACGGCAGAAAUCCCCAGCAUGCUGGACGUCCUCAAAGACAUGAACAAGGUCAAGCUGAGAUCUGUCAAAAGCCGCCCAGCAGAGUUGGACACCAAAGAGAAGGUCAAAGAGCCCACAGACGCCGCCACGCUCAUUGCAGAAGCCCUGAAGCGCAAGUUCGCACACCGCUACAGACAUGACAGUGACCAGGACGACCGGGACGUCUUCACACUACCCAACCAUGAAGUGAAAAGUCCAGUCCAAACCCCUCUGUUUGGGCAGCACAUGCUGAAAUCAACAGGAAAGCGGACGUUUGUCUGAAUGGAUCUUACUGACAAAAAGAGUUCUAUUGUGGAAGCACAAGGGAAUGAGGCUGCUCUAUCAUGUUCAUUUUGUUGUGCACUUUUUAAGUUAUAGAGCUUUUUAAAUCUCAGUGUUCAGAGUUUUUAUUUUUUGCAACACUAUUGUCAUCUGUUAAGUCAUUGUUGGUUGUUGAGGAGGGCACUUUCUCACUACAAGUAAAGUUAUGACUUAUUUAUGUUGUAACACAAAUAAAAAGUAGUUUGUAAGUGCUAGAUGUAUAUGUUUAGACCCAUAAUCAAUGCCAAACAUGUUAUUAUUAAUACCUCAUUUCCCUUCUAUGUAAAGUAGACUGAGACAAUGAUGUGGAAGCAAAUACUGAUUUCACAAUUUUUAACGUUCAAAUGAGCUAUUUGUGGUUAUUUAUGCACAUAAGUGUGUGUCAGCCCAGUGCUACUUUUAAUACUUUUUAUGAUGAAAAAGGAUGACUUUGGUAUCAUGCGAUUUUGCCCCGACCCCUUAUCCUUCUGUAAAAUUCUGUUCAAAUUUGAAAUGAAAUAAAAGUAUACAACCAGAA